AUGCAACGUACGGACCGCGUCCACAAUCGUUCACGAUGGACGACUCGGGGAGAGCGGUACUACAUAGGAUCCGAAAUAGGUGCAUAUCUCAGACUGCAUAGAGGUACGCUCUACAAGAAAUAUCCAGUUUUAUGGAGGAAGGUUGCUACGGUGGAAGACAAGGAGAAGUUGCGACAAAUUGCACUUUCGCAAGCGUUCAUGCACACGAAUAUAAUGCUUGUGAAAGCGCACGAGAUAGACGAGCUGCUGUCCGGUCAGGAAGAGAAAUAUCGCGCUGCUGGAUCGACUCCUGCAAUCCCUAGAGUGGACUCAGGUCUCGCAAAAGGCGGCAAACCUAAUGUACCGGCUGGAUGGAUGGGUCAGCAG